AUGAAGGUGGCAGGGAUUGAGGGGCAGGUAAUCUCUCUGCCAGUAGCAGAGGUACCUGUCAACUUUCAAGGCUGGAGGGGAGAUUGGCGGCUAGCGAUUUCAUCGACUCUGCCAGCAGCCGUGCUCGUGGGAAAUGACCUGGCUGAACAUGUGAAACGGGUGCUAGUGAUUACACGCUCACAAGCCACCACAGGGACAGUUCAGGGGGGUAAUGAUGAGCCAGAGACGGAAGCAGAGGGGAGUUCAGAAGCUGUGGUGGAAACCUUAACCACAGACAGCAGAUUUGGACAGGAGCAAAAGGCAGACGCCACUCUCCAAAAGUGUUUUGAACAGGUGACUGACGCCCAGCUAACACCUGAAACCCCAGUGGAAUGGCUGAAGAAUGAGGAAUCCAUUGACACUGAGGGAGAUGAGAAUAUUGACACGAGGGCUGAUCACAAUCUGAUCAUCCGUCAAGCCCGCCUAUCUGAUUCUGGAAACUACACCUGUGUGGCAGCCAACAUUGUUGCAAAGAGAAGAAGUCUGUCAGCUACAGUUGUGGUGUACGUGAAUGGAGGCUGGUCUUCAUGGACAGAGUGGUCCAGCUGCAAUGUACGCUGCGGUAGAGGAUGGCAGAAGAGGUCGCGGACAUGUACAAAUCCUGCUCCUCUCAAUGGAGGUGCUUUCUGUGAAGGAAUGUCUGUGCAGAAAAUUACCUGUACUUCGUUGUGUCCUGUGGAUGGUGGCUGGGAAGCAUGGAGUGAGUGGUCUGUUUGCAGCCCCGAGUGUGAGCACUUGAGGAUACGCGAAUGCUCUGCUCCACCACCGCGGAACGGCGGAAAAUUCUGUGAAGGCCCAAACCAAGAGUCAGAGAACUGUACUGAAGGCCUUUGCAUUCAAGAUAGAAAGCCUCUUCAUGAAGUAAAUCCCCAAAACAUUCAGAAUGCAACUGACAUUGCCUUGUAUUCGGGCCUGGGCGCUGCAGUCAUUGCCGUUGCCAUUAUUGUUGUUGGUGUAACUGUCUACAGACGGAGGCAGAGUGAAUAUGGUGUGGAUGUGAUUGACUCCUCAGCUCUUACAGGAGGCUUCCAGACCUUUAAUUUUAAAACCGUCCGACAAGGUAACUCCUUGCUUUUGAACUCAUCCAUGCAGCCUGACCUGACCGUGAGCAGGACCUACAGUGGACCCAUUUGCCUUCAAGAUCCCCUUGACAAGGAGCUUAUGACAGAAUCAUCUCUCUUCAACCCUUUGUCUGACAUUAAGGUGAAAGUUCAGAGUUCAUUUAUGGUUUCAUUGGGUGUGUCAGAGCGAUCUGAAUAUCAUGGAAAAACUCAUUCUGGGACAUUUCCACAUGACAAUAACAGAACCUUCAGCACCAUACAUGCAAAAAACAAACCUGCAUACAUCCAGAAUCUUUCAUCACUCUCCAAACGAAGUGAGAUGAGGGCCACUGGUGUAUUUGGCCACCUGGGAGGACAUUUGGGAAUCCCCAACUCAGGAGUUAGCCUGCUGAUUCCUCAUGGGGCUAUUCCUGAAGAUAUGUCCUGGGAGAUUUAUCUUUGCAUCAACCAAGGCGAGACCAGUUUUCAUUCAGAAGGCAGUGAAAUCCUCCUUGGUCCAGAAGUAACUUGUGGUCCUCCUGAAGUGACCGUCUCUACUCCAUUUGCCUUGACGAUCCCACACUGUGCACAAGUGAACUCUGAACACUGGAACAUCCACCUGAAAAAGGAAAAAAAACAGGGCAAAUGGGAGGACGUUAUGUCUGUGGAAGAGGAAUCUACUUCCUGUUACUGCCUUUUGGACCCAUAUGCCUGCCAUAUUCUCCUGGACUCUUUUGGGACUUACGCUCUCACUGGAGCCCCCCUCUCUGAUUGUUCUGUUAAGGAACUGAAAGUAGUCGUUUUUGGCUGUAUGUUCUGCAACUCACUGGAUUACAGUCUAAGAGUCUACUGCAUAGACAACACUCCCUGUGCAUUUCAGGAGGUGAUUUUGGAUGAAAGACAACAAGGGGGGAAGCUGCUAGAAGAACCGAAGCUGUUGCAUUUCAAAGGGAAUACCUUCAGUCUUCAGAUCUCUGUCCUUGAUAUCCCCCCUUUCCUCUGGAGAAUCAAACCAUUCACUGCAUGUCAGGAAGUUCCCUUCUCUCGUGUGUGGCGUAGCAACCAGCGGCCACUCCACUGUGCCUUUUCUCUGGAGCGUUACACUCCUGCCACCACACAACUCUCAUGUAAAAUCUGUGUCAGACAAGUCAAAGGCCAUGAACAAAUCUUACAGAUCCAGACAUCUAUUCUUGAGAAUGAAAGAGAAACCAUUCCUUUGUUUGCACACGAUGACAGCAACCUUCCAACUCAGAUGGGUCCACAAGCCUUUAAGAUACCAUACUCGAUCAGGCAAAGAAUAUGUGCAACAUUUGAUACUCCCAGUGCUAAAGGCAAAGACUGGCAGAUGUUGGCACAGAAAAACAGCAUCAACAGGAAUUUGUCUUACUUUGCUACCCAGCGCAGCCCAUCUGCUGUCAUUUUGGACUUAUGGGAAGCCAGACAUCAGCAUGAUGGCGACUUAGACUCUCUAGCCUGUGCUUUGGAAGAGAUAGGAAGGACACAGCCAAAAAUUUCAAACCUUACAGAAACUCAGAUCGAAGAGUCCAACUUCAGCUACAGCAGACAAAAUGGACUUUAGUCGUCACUUCCCUUCUGAAGAACUGAGAAACGGCUUGGACUUUAUACUUGAUGGAAUUUGUGUUGGCAGGGAGGAAAAUGUGUGUUACCAUAUCGCACAGCACGCCAUGCACGCACACGCACACAUACUAAUACCACUACCAUGUGUAUUUCAUAGAAAAGGUUCACUUCUUCAUGCCAUCAAAAUACUUUCCAUUUAUAGGAACGGAAAAAGCUGGUAACCACAAGCAAAAUAAGUGCCUCUCUAUGAGAGGGGAAUAAACUGUUUCUGUGAGUUGUGAGGGGAGAUAAUCUCCAUACAACAAAGAUCAAGUUUAAUAUUUGAGUACUGUACAUCCUUAUGGUAUAAAAAUGUUGUGCUCCUAGUAGUAAAUAGGCUCCAGUCCUGGGGAAAGGAUGGGAAGAAACAGCUAACUAUACAAGCGUUGAAUUUUGAGAAAACUAAGACUGUAACUUUAUAGUGGUGUCCUAUAGAUGAGGAAGAUGGAAUAGAUUCUGCAAACUGAGAGACUUGACUGUCAGAUUGAUCUAACCCCCUCCUGUGAACAGCCUAGGAAUAACAGUCCUUGGGGAAUACAUUGGCACAUUGCCACUGCACCCUCACUGUUGUCUAGGGAUGGUACUGAGCUUCCAGCCCUCUCCCGUGAGGUAGGUUUUCACCAGGCCUUUACCCCACAGUCUCUUUACUGGUAUUCCACAAAACUGGAAGGGGUUAAAUUCUCAUACUUUAUCCCCCACCAGACCAUCUCAUAAUGGGACAAGAAAUAACACAUGAUUAUGUGCAUAACUGCAAACAAUCCUAGAUACAUGUACAUGAAUAUCAGCGCUAAAGGGAUGGAGAGGGGAGUGAAGACUAGAACAUGUGCUCUUUGGCUGGCUCCCAUUCGAAUAUGGAGCUGGCAGACCAGGCUGGUAACUUCUCAGUUCUGGUUUGCCUGUUCUAAACCCACCCA